GACAUACCUGGUUAACAUAUCAGGAUCAUAUAGUUGCCAUUCCCUAGUAACCCAUCUGCCUAAUUGAAGCCAAAAGAUGGCCUCCAUCACUGCCACCACUGCAUCAAUAGCUCAUUCGCUUCUUCCACUCAAGAGAACCACAGCCACAUCAUCCUCACCUGUUCUUGGGUUGCCAUCAAUUGGAAGAAGCAAUGGAAGAGUGAGAUGUUCAAUGGAAGAGAAAAAGCCUUGUGUGGUUGGGAUGAGUGCAUCUUUGCUUUCUGCAGCCUAUGCUGCAACCAUGUCCAGCCCAGCCAUGGCUCUGGUUGAUGAGAGGUUAAGCACUGAAGGAACAGGACUUCCUUUUGGUUUGAGCAAUAAUCUUCUUGGGUGGAUCCUUUUUGGGGUGUUUGGACUCAUCUGGAGUUUGUACACUAUUUACACUUCCUCUCUUGAAGAGGAUGAGGAAUCUGGACUGUCUCUUUAAUUAUGGAGCAAAAUCUGCCUUCUUCUUGUUGUUAAAUCUUUAUCUUUUUGAAAGGAAUGUAGAAAAUAUGCUGUGGACUCUUCUUUGUUGUAGUAAAAAUAACUACAUCUCCUUUUCUCCA